UUUUAAAAGAAAACCAAAAAAGAAAUAAAAAAACAUUGUUAUUUGAUUAUAGGCUUCGUCAGCUUCUGUUUCCCUCUGCAAACAAACACUCGUCCUUCCUACAAACAAAAAAUUAUGGCAACUUUCUCUCUCUACAAUUCUUCCCUCUAACACAUCCCCACUUUCUCUCUGUGUCUCUGAUCCAUCGAAUUCUUCAUCUUUUUUCUUCCUUUUCUUUUCAUUUUUCUUCUUCUUUGAUCCAUCACUCUAAGACUAUCCUUCAAAGUCUUAAAACUUUCCUCCCUUUUCCAAGAAACUCAAUCUAAAAUUCACUUCCUUUGAUCAAAAAAACUUGGUGGGGUUCUCAAAAUUUUUAAUAUCCAAACCUUAAAAACCCCAUUUUCUUUUCAACGCAUUUUUGCUCACAAAGUGAAAAAGUUCAAUAAAGGGUAUUGUUUUUAAGGGAAAUGAGGGAUGUUUUCAUGGUUGGCAAGGAUAGCUCUCGCUUGUUGGAGACCAGUGAAUCGAUACGCCCUUAUGAACAAGGAUAAUAAUAAAAAUAAUAAUGAUGAUGAUGAUGAACUCGAAGAAGAUUCGUCUUCUUUACGUGAUUCACUUCUUUGGUGUAGAGACCUUGAAAAACACUCUUAUGGUGAUUUCUCCUAUGCUGUUGUUCAAGCCAAUGAGAUCAUUGAAGAUCAUAGUCAAGUUGAGACUGGAAAAGAUGCUACUUUUUUUGGUGUCUAUGAUGGACAUGGCGGCCCUGAUGCUUCUCGCUUUAUCUCUGAUCAUCUCUUUCAAAAUUUGAUUGGGCUUGCUCGAGCAAGUGGAACCAUUUCUGAAGAUAUUCUUAGAAGUGCUUUCUCUGCAACUGAAGAUGGAUUUCUUACUCUUGUAUGUAGCACAUGUGGAAUGAAACCAUUAAUCGCAGCAAUUGGAUCUUGUUGUCUGGUUGGAGUUAUAUGGAGGGGGACAUUAUAUGUUGCUAAUUUGGGUGAUUCUCGAGCUGUAAUUGGUUAUUUAGGUAGAUCCAAUAAGAUAGUUGCUGAGCAGUUGACUAGAGAUCAUAAUGCAAGUAUGGAGGAAGUCAGACAGGAACUCAGGUCAUUGCAUCCGGAUGAUUCUCAUAUUGUUGUUAUGAAGCAUGGAGUAUGGCGUAUUAAAGGAAUCAUUCAGGUGUCUAGAUCUAUUGGUGAUGCAUACUUGAAGCGGCCAGAGUUUUCUCUUGAUCCUUCUUUCCCACGAUUUCACCUUUCUGAACCCAUUGAUCGACCAGUGCUAACAGCAGAGCCAUCCUUGUGCACCAGGGUUUUACAACCUAGUGAUAAGUUUCUCAUUUUUGCAUCUGAUGGACUUUGGGAACAUUUGACAAAUCAGCAGGCUGUCGACAUUGUUCAUAACCAUCCACGAGCAGGAAUUGCAAGAAGGCUCAUCAAAACAGCUUUAAAUGAGGCAGCUAGAAAAAGGGAAAUGAGAUAUGAUGAUCUUAAGAAGGUUGAUAAAGGGAUUAGGCGGUUUUUCCACGAUGAUAUUACAGUUAUUGUCAUCUUUAUAGACCAUGAGUCGUCGGAUGCAAAGGUGUCUGUUCCGGAGCAGUCUGUCCGGGGGUUUGUUGACACCCUUGGGCCAUCGAACUUCAACAUUCUUUAAGGAUUGAUGUAUAUCGGUAAAUGCAUUGCCGAUCAUCUGAAUGAAUACCUUGUCACCUAAAAUAAUCAAUGGGGUUGUCGCCAAGUUCAGCGAGUUUCUGUAUGAAUUUACAUAUUUAUUUUUUCAACAGCUGAUAGUUGUUUCUGGGAUUUUAUAUUGCUUUUUUCUCACAUUACCAAGCAAGAGAAGUUUGUCCUGAUUUUCAUUAGUUGUAUUUAUGUUCAUAUCUGCAACUUACGAUGAUAACCCCUAUCAGAGAAGUUAUUUUUUCUUUUUUUUUCCCUUUUAUUUUUUUCCACUUCAUUUGGUUCCGGAUGAUGAAGUUGUGUAUAUUUAGGACGUCAAAUUCAUAUGCCUCGAUUCAAUAAGAAAUUUUUACACUUU